AUUCACUCGAGCCAUUAGAAGCCCCCAAAGCCCAAGUAAACCACGCAAUUUGAUUUCAACCCUUAUGACAAACGCAGAAUAACUAAAAACCCGAAGAUUAGGAAGAAGAAGCAAAGAGACAGAAAAGAAGAGAGAAGAAGACCUCGAUUAGGCUUGGCACCACCGCCACCACACCAGAUUGAGAUGGGGAAAAAUUGAAGAAGCAAAGGAGUGAGAGGAAGAGGCAGACCCGCUGUGGCUUCUCUCCGGCGCACGCUGCCGCUGCUCGUCGGCGCUCUCUGCCGAUGCACGUCGUUGCUCGCUGCAGUUGCUCGCCACCACUUGUCGUUGAAGCCCAGCUCGCUGUUGCGCAAAGAUGCGGAAUGGUCAUGAACGUGAGACAGAGGUUAGAGGGGGAGCAGAAGCAGAAGUUGGAGUGUUUGGGUAAAUCUGCAGAAGUGAUUCUGGUGCUCUAAUUUACUCCUAGAAUCAGUUUUUUUAGAAGUUGGGGUGACCAGCUUCUGAAAACUGAUUCUGAUUCUGCUUCUGAUUUUUAAAUCAGAAUUGCAAACUCAAUUUGGAUGGGAUGCAUUAUCUAAAAAGGCGGGCCCUAAAAGCACACGAGAGAUUCAUAGCCGGUAGCGCCACCAGGCCAAGGAUGAUGCCAUCCUCACUCCCUCUCCCAUCUUCCUCCCUCCACCGCGCCACUCCACCGCACUACCGUCACACAGUCACUCUCAGCUCCAAUCGGCGGAGCCAUUCCCGUUAUCUAACCGUAAAAGUCUCGCUGGACAAACCACCGCCCCCCUCAAAGACUAGCUCAUGGGUGAGUCCGGACUGGCUAACGGGUCUGACCAGAUCGCUCACGGCAGACCGGAAUGACGAUUCGAAUAUACCGACUGCGAGGGCAAAGCUGGAUGACGUGUCUGACCUUCUGGGCGGAGCUCUGUUUCUCCCACUCUUGAAGUGGAUGAAUGAGUACGGACACAUCUACCGCCUCGCAGCUGGCCCUAGAAACUUUGUGGUGGUUAGUGAUCCAUCCAUUGCGAAGCAUGUCUUGAGAAAUUACGGGAAGUAUGGGAAGGGGCUUGUUGCUGAGGUGUCUGAGUUCUUGUUUGGGUCUGGCUUUGCCAUUGCUGAAGGGCCCCUUUGGACGGCAAGACGAAGGGCUGUGGUUCCAUCACUCCACAAGAAGUAUUUGUCUGUAAUGGUUGAGAGGGUGUUUUGCAGAUGUGCUGAAAGAUUGGUGGAGAAACUCACACCUUAUGCUCACAAUGGCUCUCCAGUAAACAUGGAGGAGAAGUUUUCUCAACUAACCCUCGAUGUAAUUGGGCUGUCUGUUUUUAAUUACAGCUUUGAUUCCCUUGAGACUAAUAGCCCAGUGAUCGGUGCGGUUUACACUGCUUUGAAAGAAGCAGAGUUGAGAUCAACUGAUCUCUUACCAUAUUGGAAGAUCAAAGCUUUGUGUAAACUGGUCCCGCGACAAGUAAAGGCAGAGAGGGCAGUUAUGCUAAUCAGACAAACAGUUGAAGAGCUCAUUGCAGAAUGUAAAGAGAUGGUGGAAAGCGAGGGUGAGAGUAUAUGUGAAGAUGAGUAUGUGAAUGAGACCGACCCAAGCGUCCUAAGAUUUUUACUUGCUAGCCGGGAAGAGGUUUCAAGUGCACAACUUCGUGAUGACCUUUUAUCUAUGCUUGUUGCGGGGCAUGAAACCACUGCUUCCGUAUUGACUUGGACAUCAUACCUCCUAAGUAAGGACCCUUCCUCUUUGAGAAAAGCACAAGAAGAAGUCACCCAAGUUUUAGGGGGAAGAAAUCCUACCUAUGAAGAUAUAAAAAAUCUCAAGUUCUUGACACGGUGCAUAUUGGAGUCUAUUCGCCUGUAUCCUCAUCCUCCUGUAUUGCUACGGAGAGCUCAAGUAGCUGAUGUUUUGCCUGGGAAUUAUAAAGUGAAUGCUGGUCAAGAUAUAAUGAUUUCAGUAUAUAAUAUUCAUCAUUCUACAAUGGUCUGGGAAAGAGCAGAAGAUUUUCUUCCAGAAAGGUUUGGCAUAGAAGAUCCCAUGCCUAAUGAGACAAAUACUGACUUUAGAUUCAUCCCUUUCAGCGGAGGGCCUCGUAAAUGUGUUGGUGAUCAGUUUGCCUUGCUAGAAGCUAUUGUGUCUAUGGCAAUAUUUUUGCAGAACAUGAGCUUUGAGUUGAUUCCAGAUCAAAAUAUUAGCAUGACAACAGGAGCGACCAUUCACACUACUGAUGGUUUGUACAUGAAAGUGAAACAAAUACGGAAACGGUCUGCAUUGACAUGAAUCUUGAUCUGGUAAUUAAGUCAUCAAGUGGCAUUUAUAUCUUUACGUUUGUAAUCAUAGGACACUCUGCUCGGCAAAUCUGUGCCAUUAGAUCAGCAUAUGCCUAUAACUCUAGUGAUGGAUGAUUUUCUUGCUCUUUUGCUCAAGCUAUAUGUACGGUCUAGAUGGUUGGAGUCUCUGAUCCAUGAGUUGUCCUUUGCCAAGGAGAGAAUAUGGAUUUCAAGGGGAAGAGUUUAAAUUGUGACUUUAUUGCAAGUACAAAAUCAUUAUUUGUGACUAUGUACAUGUGGUCACGUGGAUGUCUGUCUACUGUCUAUGCUAGUGUCCAUACUCUAGUUACAGUAAAUUUUAUUUAAAUCUCUAAUUUGUUAAGAAAAAAAGAAUGACUGAAUGACACUCCAAUCUCUAAGGGUC